CAACCGAGUCACACAGGCUGGGCAUCUUUGUCUCAGUUUUUUAUUUUUACACCAGAUAGAUGAUAUAAACAUUCAAAGUUAUAUCAUUGUCAUUGAUUGACAAUAUUUUAGGCAAAUGCGUUAUUUUGCAACCAUCACUUUGUUGUUCAAAUUGGAGUACUCCAUUUUUUCUACAGGUUUUCGUCCCCUCUCUUUAGUUCCCAAGUGUUGUUGAGUAAAAACCCUCCAGUGCUUGAAAGCUAAACUUUAUACUCAAUGGCUUUGGUGACAGAUGUUUCCUAUAAUAUAGCACUAGCAUAGUGCCUGCAGUGCUGAACGUGUGCCCGGCGCUUUGUUAAUUCUCAGUAAAUGUUUACAGAAUGAAUAAGGGGUGAAAGGUUAUGUUCACAGUCUGUGUGGAUAUAGAGAAACAGGAUUUGUCUGAGACCGAUUUUAAGAGAUCUACCGGACAACCAGUUUAAAAUUGAAAACGAAACAACACACACACACACACACACACACACACACACACACACACAAUGUAAAACUGUGGAAUAUGAGUCCCAAAUGUAUUUUAACCAAAAUCUUUACAUUUUUUGGUUUUCACUUUAGGUUAGUUUUGUCAGAUGAGGAAGUGAACUUGAGAAGUGAAUCAGUUGCAAAAGAUUUACCUGGAGAUUCACUGGGAGAUGAUUUUGAGAAGGAAUUCUCAUUUCUGAACAGCCUCCUAAGUCCUGCUUCUUCAAGUUCUAGCGAAUUUACUCAAGAAGGCCAGACUGCCUUUGGGAGCCUCACGUUCCAGGAGCCUCCCGUGGGGUCCGAGCCCCUUGCUCAUUCCCAACGAUUCCUUCCUUCCCAGCUCUUCGACCUUGGCCUCCAUGCUGCGGGAGCCUUCAACAGCUGGGCCUCCAGAGGGGGAUUCGAACCUCCUCUCUCACACACUGAUAGUCAGCCAGUGCCUUCACAGAGUCCAAAGAAAUCAACAAAAGCUCCCACCCAUGGUAAUCAAGAGUACUUCCUGCCAGAAUCACAGAAAGCUGAUCCCGAAGGGGGUGUCUUAUCCUUCCCUUUUCCAUUUGAGCGGCACCAUCUGAGGUGUCUUUGA